AUGGCGCGGGGCGACGGCGGCCGGCGGGCGCUGGGCGGCUCUGGGUCGGGGGAGCAGGCCCUCGGGCGCGGAUUACCAGGCCUGGCCGGGGACGACGUGGCGCUCGCCGGGGGCGCCCAUGACGCUUGGCGGCGGCGUCUGGCGAGCGUUGGGCGGCGGCGGGUCGGGGGCGCGGGCGGAGUAGGAGCUGGUGAUGGCGCUGGGAGGCAGGCCGGCAGCGCCCCCGCGACACAGGGACAGGGCGCGGGCGGGCGCCGAGCUGGUGGAGGCCGGCGCUGGCGGCUGGGAGCCUGGGACUGGAGCUGCGGUGGACGGGGGUUCACCCACCUGUAG